AUGCCUAUCUUCCAAUCGACGCAUAUUUAUUCCCGGUUGAGGGAGUCGAUUCCCGCAGUGAUGCCGUGGAAUCAAGGCGACCCGGCUAUGAAAGGCGAUCCUCGAAAGAGUGUCAAAUGGAUUGAUGGCCUACGUGGCAUCGCAUCUUUCCUGGUAGUACUCACUCACCUCGCUCGAGCAUGGGACUACGACCUCUUCUCACCACGCGAUAACGAAAAUGCUACCCCCCAAAUUCUACAAUGGCCUAUCUUACGAAUCCCCUGGCAGGGUCGGAUAGGCGUCACUAUCUUCGCCUUUCUGACCGGAUAUGUUUGCGCCCUUAAACCUCUUAAACUAUCCCGCAACGGCGAUAAAUUAGGAUCCUUCACAACCGUCGCUCAAAGCGCAUUCCGUCGACCUCCUCGCUUGAUACUCCCCGCAACUAUUGCACUGAUCAUAUCAUGGACACUGGCUCAAUUCGGCGCAUUUGUCGUAGCCAACCGCUCAGAUUGCUGGUGGUGCCGAUAUGCAGCACCUGAAGUAGAGGACUCGAUCUGGAAAGAGAUUGUACGACUUGGCGGGAAUUUCCUAACCACUUGGACGACGGGGUACAUGGCCUACGAUGAUCACCAAUGGACUUUGCUGCCGCUUCUGCUCGCCUCCAUGCUGGUCUACCUCGUUCUGGUGGCGACCAUGUAUGUGCGGUUUCGGUAUCGGAUGUUGGUCUACGUGGGCUUGAUCUUGUAUUUCCAUCAAGACGCCGCCAAGAACACUGAAACAUUCCAAAUGCAAGCCAUCUACGGCAUGCUCCUCAGCGACCUCUCAUACAACGCAACCCUGAAGACCUGGACAACCAACCACCCAUAUCUCCGCCGGGCGAUCUCUGCCCCGCUCGCAAUUCUGGGGCUGUUCAUUGCCUCCUACCCAGGUGACCAUCCUGAAUGGGCCUCCUGGUCCAGGCGCAUGCUCGACGCAGCGCAGUAUCUCUUCCCACCCGACGUGAACAUCGGCAAGCGCUACACGGCUGUCGGAGUAGACAUGAUCAUCCUCUCGAUCUUCUUCUCUCCUGCCACUAAGGACUUCCUCUCCAACAGACUCCUUCUCUGGCUCGGGAAGCAGAGCUUCGCUGUCUACCUGAUCCACGGGACCAUGCUGCGCGUGGUGCUUUGCUGGAUGCUCUACGGCAUCAGUGGGCAGCCGUGGGAGGGUGGGGAGGCGGGGACGGACGAGGAGCGAGAGUGGCUGCCCUUGCGGCCUCCGUGGGUUGUGGGGCUGAGUAUUCCAGUAUGGAUUGUGCUGGUUUACGUUUGUGCGGCGGCUUGGACGACUUAUGUCGAUCCGUUCUGUGCCGCGAUGACGGCGAAAUUGGAGAAGGCGGUGUUCGAGGAUGAUAAGGAGGCGUUGCCUUUACCUGCUGUUUCGAUUCCGAUGCAGACUGCUUGA